AUGGAUUCUGACACUGAAAAUCGAAGGGAAGAAAAUAGUGAUGCUCCCAGACAUACUUUAAUGGGAAAAUGCGUUAUGAAAACCAUAACUCAUCCCCUGGAUUAUGCUAGAUUUUUGGUGCAGAUUGGCCAUGAACCAAUGGCACCGUAUCGCCACAGAAGUAUUUUUGGUGAAGAACGAUUGUUCCUGCCGAAUUUGGUAGUUUAUGCUAAAUACAUUUAUUCAGUUGAUGGAUUUAAAGGAAUGUAUGUCGGAUUAGCUCCUAAGAUCAUAGGCAUUUGUAUUGAACAUUAUUCGUCGUCACUAAUGUCUGAUUAUAUUCAAAUUGACAAAAAUCUAAAUGUAGAUAAUACAGAUUCAGAUUUAGAAGUAUGGAAAAAAUGUGCAAUCAAAACAUCAAAGGAAAUGAUAUGUACAGCCACAAGCAUCAUUUUGAGUCAUCCCUUACACAUUAUUUCUAUGAGAAUGAUGGCCCAAUUUGUGGGUUAUGAACAUCGUUACACUUUAGUGUUACAAUCAAUUUCACUUAUUAGUCGUGAAGAAGGAGUAAAAGGACUAUUCACUGCUAUCAUUCCACGUCUUUUAGCUGGUUUGGGAACUGUAAUUCUUGUCAAUGUGGCAAAACAAGCAUUUUCACGUUAUUUAUUUGAUCCUUCACCUUUGACAUUGAACAUUGCUGAUUUUACCGCUUCGUAUUUAGCCAAUGCAGCUACGUAUCCAUUUAAUGUUGUAACUGCUUGUACAGCAAUCAACAACUGCGGGUUAGCUGCUGGCAUGCCUCCAGAUAUGCCUGUAUUUGGAAAUUGGUUGGACUGUAUGAAAUAUCUGUACAGAAAUGAACAGCUGAACCGCGGAUCAUCAACUUGGUUCAGACGUGUUCCACAAACACAAUCAAAACUCCUAAAAUUGCUCUAAUUUAGGCGCCUAGUCAUUCUAUGUUGAUUGUUAUUUAUAUGUACAAAAUGAAAAUAAGUUAAAAUUUUAGUAAAUAUUUUUAGCAGAACUGGAAACAUAAAUAGUAUUGUAUCAUCAUAUUUUAAAUUGCAUUUUUAUUAUUAUUAAUAAUUUAAACAUUUUAUGCAGACCAAA